AUGAGUUGCUUUACACUAACAGUUUUUCUGCUUAUGCUUUCGGUUUCAUCUUCAACUUCUGCAACAGUCAAUGAUCACUUUCUCCAGUGCAUGUCUAUUCAUUCUACACCCCAUGCUAAGUUCGCCCAAAUCAUCCAUCAACCAAACUCCUCUUUGUAUUCAUAUUUCUUGCAAUCUUCUCAACAAAAUCCCAGAUGGCUAAACGCCUCAACCUCAAAGCCUCUUCUCAUCCUCACACCUUUUCACGAGUCUGAAAUCCAAGCAGCCGUUCUCUGCAGCAGGAAGCAGGGUUUGCAAAUCAGGACUCGAAGUGGUGGCCAUGACUAUGAAGGGCUGUCCUACCUCAGCGAAGCCCCUUUCAUCAUUGUUGACCUCAUCUAUCUAGGGACAGUCAGUGUUGAUAUUGAAGAUGAAACAGCAUGGGUUCAGGCCGGAGCAACCCUUGGUGAGCUCUACUAUAGUAUUUCCAUGAAAAGCCAUAUCCAUGGAUUCCCGGCUGGGAUAUGUCCAACUGUAGGGGUUGGUGGGCACUUCAGUGGAGGAGGGUUUGGCACCUUGUUAAGGAAGUAUGGCCUGGCUGCGGAUAAUAUUCUCGAUGCUUACCUGAUAGAUGUUAAUGGAAGAAUCCUCAAUAGAGAAUCCAUGGGUGAGUCUUUGUUUUGGGCUAUAAGAGGGGGUGGAGGAGCAAGCUUUGGAAUCAUAGUUUCAUGGAAAAUAAAGCUGGUUCGAGUUCCACCAACCGUGACUGUUUUCACCAUUCAUAAGACCUUGGAACAAGGCGCCACCAAGCUUGUCCACAGGUGGCAAUAUGUUGCAGACCAAUUACAUGAAGAUAUCUUUAUCAGAAUCAUCAUUCAAGAUGUGGGUGGACAGAGCAGUGGUAAGAAGAUGACAAUCCAAGCUUCCUUCAACUCUCUAUUUCUGGGAGGAGUUGACAAGCUAAUCCCAUUGAUGGGCAAGAGCUUCCCUGAGCUGGGUUUGCAGGCAGGAGACUGCACCGAAAUGACUUGGAUUGAAUCUGUCCUCUACUUUGCAGGCUUCCCAAGAGGAAAUUCCUUAGACGUUUUACUAAACAGAACUCAUCCUGACAGGAGCUAUUUCAAGGCAAAAUCAGAUUAUGUUAAGGAGCCCAUACCAGAAGUUGGCCUAGAAGGUUUGUGGGAGAGAUUUUUGAAAGAACAGAUAGUAUUCAUGAUAAUGGAUCCUUAUGGGGGAAGAAUGAAUAAGAUUUCAGAAUCUGAGCUCCCUUUUCCCCACAGAAAAGGAAACUUGUACAACAUACAGUACCUGGUGAAAUGGGAAGUCAAUGAGGCCAAGAUAUCAAACAAGCAUGUACACUGGAUCAGGAUGCUGUACCAAUACAUGAGGCCUUUUGUUUCCAAAUCUCCCAGGGCUGCCUAUCUCAACUACAGGGAUCUUGACUUGGGGAUCAACAAUCAGGACAAGGCAAGCUACUCACAAGCCUGGGUUUGGGGUACAAAGUACUUCAAGGGUAACUUCUUCAGACUGGCAUGGGUGAAGGCCAAGGUUGAUCCAGAUAACUUUUUCAGGAACGAACAAAGCAUUCCACCACUUCCCACAUGGAGAACAAGAAGAAGGUGGUAUGAUUAGACAGACCCCUAUUGGAAUAUGUAUAAUCAAAGAAAGUUUUUAAU